AUGCCAAGCAUGCUCAAGGAUGAAAAAACGUACGUCACAGGUGUCAGCAUUGGAGUCGACAGCGCCACAUUCGCCAGAUCCACCAGCUCUCCCGCCGUGGAUCGUACCCUGGACCCAGGUGACGCCGAGGACAUCGAUCUGCAAGUAGAGGUGGACACGGACUUUGAUCGUGCAGAGUUUCUGACCUAUGCAGGCGAUGGAUCUGUCGGUAAUGGCGGAAAGGCCUUAGCCGAGAAGUUCCAUCGAGCUGCUGGGCGACAUUGGGGCUUGGCCCGGACCUUGGCCGAGCAACUGAGUGGAAAGGACACGGCGCAACGCGCGGACGUGCAGGCUAAACGCGAGGCCUUGGAGGUGGCCUUGGAGGUGGCAACGCAGCUGCAGGUGCCCGCCGGGCGAACGAGGGACGUUUGGAUCGAACGCCAGUGUUGUCAGGCCCUGUUUCUGCUGGAAAAUUUGGCCUCUUUAUCGCCUGCUGGAGUCUUUGAAGAUGUCCUGGCAUCCACUACUGUGAAGACUCCCUUGGACUUCUUGGAUUUCCUCCUGCCCUUCAUCGACAUCGCAGCGGCACCUGUGGAAGCCCUGGCAAGGCGGUUGUUGGCGCCUGCGCCGUGGAUCGGCAAAAGUAUCACCCUGGAUGAUCUGAAGCGCUCAGAGGGCCUUCGCGGCUUACUGAUGAACUCCCAGGCCUUUUGCCAUCGUCACUGUGAAGACUUGGUGCAACGUUGGCGGAAGGAGUGUGCUGCAGAGCUCCAGGCCCUAUCGCACGUCCGAGCGCAAGCUCUGCAAGCGCAGCAGUUGAUUUCCAGCACUGCAGCACUGGCCUGUCAUUGCUACUUUGUUGGCUACUGCAUUCCAGAGAAUGAAGCAGAUCGCCGGCAGUUCCUCGGCGCGGCACCCGUUGAGGGAGGAGCCUGGAAGGAGUGGUUGCUGGCGUCCAUGUACCAGGCGCCCGUGGAGGAGCCACCGGAGCAGUUGUUUCAGGCUGCCAGCAGCAAUGAGCCCCUGGCCACCUUGAUUCGCAGGAUCUGGCAAGAGCCCAAGGAAGAGCUGGAAAUCAUGAAGACCUUGGAGCACUUUGGGGAUGUGAAGAAAUCCUUCACGCCCUGUGAAGACUUCUACGAUACCACCGCGUAUCCGCCCUGGCACAAAGGUGUUGAAUGUCUGGGCGUCCUUCCUAUGCCAUUGGAAGAACAUCUUCAACAUCUGUGUCCAUCUUGGCAUCCUCCAGAGGUCCUGCAGACACCGCAGAUUUUGGUGGCGGGCUGUGGAUCAGGUCACCAGGUGGCCGUUGAACUUCGCAGCUACAACGGCGCCAGAGUGUUGGCCUUGGAUGUCUCCGCCAAGACUGUGGCCGUGGCGUACCGGAAACUCAAAGAGACUCUGUCGCCCGAGGAGUUUGCGCGGGUGAGCUUCAUGGUGGGCGACAUCCAGGAACUUUCACCAGGUCAUGCUGCCUUUAAAAAUGGUUUCGACCUUGUGGUCUGCUGUGGGGUUCUGCAUCACCUUCCAGAUCCCGUGGUGGGCUUGCAACGCCUGGCUUCGGUGCUGAAGCCCAAAGUUGGCGUUUUGCAGUUGGCGACCUACUCCACCUUAAGCCAUCGCACUUGGCAAAGUUCCAAGGAUUGGCUCCGAGAACUGCUCCAUCUUUUGCCAGGUAGACAACCUACAGCUUCGGAGGUGCGCCGCCUCCGUUUCGAAGUGCUGAGACCUGGCGAGGAACGGCCUGACGCCGCAUCGACCUUGCUCCAUUUCCCUGAAUUCUACACCUUUGCGGGCCUUUUGGACCUCAUUUUCCACCCACUUGAAAGGACAUUCACCUUGAUAGAGUUGUUGGAAGAUGUCAUUCCAUCUUCAAGGUUGACACCCUUGGGUGUAUUCUUCUUGGACGUGAACGCCGACCUUGCGGCGCGGCGCCGCUUUCGCAGCACCUUCGGUGGGGAGGACAUGAGUGACCUGCGCAAGUGGCACGAGCUGGAGGAGGCAGAGCCAGAUCUCUUCGGUCGCAUGCAUGGAAUUUUCCUAGGUUUUAACAGUUUCCGGGAGGAGUUAGUGACCGUGUUGACCCUGUGGCUCUUACGAUCCUCAUUUCUGACCAGCGCCAUGUUGCGGUCGUUGGUGAGAUGGGCACCACAUUUGAAGCCCCGAGUGAAGGGGGGCGUCAUACCUUUCCACCAACGGAUCCGAAAGGAAGAAAAUGAAAAGCGCUAUAGACAGUUGCCUUUCCUGCGCAUUAGCAAAGAGAUGUCCAUGUGGCCCUCUCCUCCCGAUCCACGGGAUGUGGACCGCAAAUUGGUGAGAAUUGAUCUGGCGAAGGAGAUGGGGGUCCGAGUUGGAGACCGCGUGCGGGUGCUCUACGGCAGCGAGAAGGGGAAGUAUGGUGUGAUCAGUCGCAUCCUGCAUGACAAGAAUCAGGUCAUCGUCAACGGAGUGAGCCUCAAAAGAAGUUUCUGGCACCCCGAGCCUGGCCCCGGAAAACCCUCCCUGGUGACGGUGGAAUGUCCCAUCCACAUCACCAAUGUGGCGCUGAUCGAUCCGGUGACCAAGCAGCCCACGAGGGUCAAGAGGAGAUACACCAUGAACGGCAAGGGCAUCCGCAUCUCCAAGGUCUCUGGCUGCGCCAUGCCGGAACCCGUCCCGGUGGGACCCAACGAACGGGAGCUGCUGUGGAAAAAACGCGAGGAGAAUGUCCUCCGACAAGGCAAAGAGAGACGUGGACCUCCAAAGGAGGACAUCUUCGGCAACAAGGAACAUUUCAAAACCUUGGUCCGCUUGGUGCGCGAGCGCCGAGCUGUUCAGACGGCGCGCUCCCAGGAGGUGGAUGACCAGCUGUAA